ACGAUCGUUGGCGCGUGUGGACGUAUUCUGCGACAGCUCCGGUGUUAGGCUUAAAAUCAUUCUCAAGAGAUUGCUCGUUUUGUAUCCUUUUGUUAGUUGUGUGAGUGUGGUUUUCAAGUGUGCGUUUCUAGCGCUGAACGGCUUACAGAGUGUAGCCGGGUCUCGUAGGCUGAGACGCCGGCAGAGCGAUGGAUGAGGGCCAGGACGACCGCAUCCUGGUUUUUAAGUUUUUCUACUCCUUCCAUCUGUGCACGUGCGUUUUGCAGUUCAGCAGUUUGGGCACCAUCGUCGGACAUGGCAGCGUCAUGUACGUCUUCGUCGUUCUGCUCAUGAUAUUCUCUGGCCUUUCUGUCCUAACAUCGGUACUCAUGCUCAUCGGUCUUUGCGUCGAAAUUCGAUUUUUGCUUUUGCCUUGGGUCAUCUCCGUUGCCCUCACUACGCUCUUAGACGUCCUUCUUUCUUUCUGCAUCAUAGCAGAUGCAAUAAACGACACGGUGACUGUUAUCUUCUUUGUCGUAGACUACAUCGUGUGUGCGUUGAACAUCUACUGCCUGCUUUGUGUCAUAUCACAAUACCAAGAGCUCACGGCCGGAAGAGGACGCUCCCAUACAGUGGCUGCUAUACAGGACCGUGUGGCAGUUCAGUAUCGUCAUGACGGCAAAGUUGGCUACAUGAAGCCGGGACAGACGAACGGCCCCAACUCUUCGGUUCUUUUGACUGUGCCCACUGGUCUCACCGUCGGUUCCCGCCAGUCGACAGACAUGAGUUCCAUCUCGGAAGAACUUCUCAGCUCACGGAGAAUCAGCACAGAUGAGACGAGUGUGGAAUACGACAGGUGUCCAACGGCACCGCUCAUUAAGAUUAGAACACCAUCAUGAAGAUCCAAGCAUAUCAUCACCCAUACUAAGUAGAGCAGGUACAAACACACAAGUGAACAAGGAAGACCAACAGUAUCUUGGCCAAGAAAUCAACAAAAGAGUACAGUACACUUUCAGUGCACUCCGCAGUGCUCGCCUACCUCGUGACCUUCGUAACUCGGCCAUGGACGGCCAUGAAGCCGCCUAAGCUGAUCAUCCUGUGUUAGUACAUAGUAUUGGAAAUAUUUUGCUGCUGCUUUCUUUUCAGCUUUCGUCCUCUAUGUGAUCAGUGAUAUAAUGUACAUAAAGCUCAUUCAGUUAACAACACUUUGGACAGCGAACACGCAAUACGUCGAAUCGCUAAGGUAUAUGACAAAUUACAUUGAGCACUGCUACCUUUUAGCCCAACAUAUUGCACUCAAGACCUAUGUAUGGUUGCGUCCUGAAGAUUGGUCCUGUUUCGCAUCAAUGUCACACAAUAUACUUUUUUGCACUGUUAUCAAAAUGCCAGAAAUGCGCUGCGUGCUUCAUCCACGCGGGGAUUGGACAGCUUUGUCAGUGUGGGCAUUCUUGUAUACUUAAUAAUAUUUAAAAGACCAGAGUUUAUAUUAAUAUAUGGACUGAGAAAUGUUGGGAUGCAUGAUCAACUCACCAUUAUGUAUUGGCAAUGGCAGCUCUCACGACCACUCCAAGGGGAACGCGUUAACAACUAUAGUCCCCUACAUCUUGUAUCAGUUCUUCAUGUAUUUGAUUUGGUUAAGACAGGAAUUGUUCCUUUUUUCUGGAGCAAAUGGAGGCUUGUGGCAAAUCAGAAGAAUUUCACCAUAUCAGCUCUGAAAAUACAGAAAGUAAACUGUAGCAGCCAUCCACAGCACAUGACACCAAAACCUCCAAUGUGCCGACAUGUAUCUUAUAUUGUUGUCGUACAGUGCUUCGGGUAUGCUACAGCUCAAUAACAGUAAGUAGUUACGCGACAGUCUGUCUCGGACAUCGGGAAAUAAUCAAAUACCUUUUACACUAUUUUAUUUCAUAAAAUUUAGUAUUUUGUUGGAAGCCCACCGUCCUACAAGCAUUUCUCAUGUGACGUCCUUGUUGUCUUUUCUUUUUUUCCUCCGCGACUACACGAAUGAUACAGACGAUAUUAAUAAAAUAAUAACAACAUAAUCAACAGUAUUAGUCGCCUCACUUAGCGUGAAAGUCUCCUGCACUCUGAGCAAAAAAGGAGUAAUUCUACUCCUUUUGGGAACUAAAUGCAUUGCCACAAAAAUUAGUCACUUUCUGGACUAAACGCAUGGGAGUAAAUGAAUGCCACAGUGCGGAGACUGCCUCUUACCCUUUGUCUUCAGUUUCCAUGUACAUACUUCAUGUGCAUGAGUGAACAUACCUUGAAUUAAACAGGCUAGAGUGAUAUGUCGAGUGGUAUAAAGCAUUGCGACAUGCAUAAGGCACAAUUUGCCAAGAAAGAGACACCGACUAUUUCUUACUCUGUGGAUAUAAAAUUGCCAAGUUAUGUAGCCUUAUGCAUUGAAAUUGACGAAGAGUACAUACGAGUAUUUACGCUGACUGUCGCACUCAGGGAUCAAUUUGCGUGGUUUAGUGACUAUUUGCAAUCCUGGGGAUUACAUUCAUGGGGUCAUGGGAAUGGAAUGGGGACUAAUUGCAAUGUAAAGGAGUAAAAGCUGCAAUUACUCCUUAUUUUACUGUGUUUUCUUAGAUUGUGCGCGAAAUUUCUUUUUGGCGACAGUAGCAAUUCUACAUUUUGUCUUUCCUUAUUAAGAUAUUUGAAGGGCAUCCAAACAAGAUUUUCCCCUGUAACGUACUGGAAUUUUGUGAUAUACCGCCACAAAGGGUAAACAUUUGACCAGUUGAUUGCAAAAUGAUUCUGCCUAAAAUAACAGUAAAAAUUUGCCGAAAGUUGCUGCACUGUACAGAAUGGAGACACAAGA